CAAAAAAGUUGGAGAUGGGUUGUUGGACAGGUGUCUACCAAUGCCUUCAGCUAAGGAGAUGAUUUGACACUAACCUCAACAAAAUCAGCUAAAACACUGGGUUGGCGUGUGUAACUUUGAAACACAAAGUUCAAAGUUCAAAAAUCUACUAAAAACAUACCUGCUUGGUGAAAAGCUGAAAAUAUAAAAUCGCCCUAGUGAUAGAACAAUCUGCAACUCUCGUAUCAACCCACCAUUUUUCUCUCGGAAAUUUACGAAAUCGAUUAAUCUGAGAUGAGAUGGAUGUUGGUAUUGUCAAGAACAACAAUAUCUCUGUGUAUUUAACACUUUUUGGGUGCCUCUUCUUUUCUUAUUUCAUUUCUUCAAUAAUCCCCAAAGGUUUCUUCAGGCUGAUUUCCUUACUUCCCCUGUUCUACUACCUCGCUGCCGUGAUCCAUCUUCCCCCAGUUCUUGUAGCCGCUGGCUCACUGAUUUUGGUAAUAUCACUUGUCAAUUAUGCCGCCUUUGAACAGAGACAACGAUCCUCUUCUGCCGCUGAAUCGCUCAAAAAAUCGGUCAAUUUCGGUUAUGUAGCCGUCGAAAUUUUAGUGUCCUCUGUUUUGAUUUGCGUGUUGCUCUGCCACCAAAACGAAUUUCACCCGAAAAUUCUACUUGUAAUCUAUGGUUGCUUGGUUUUAUUAGGAGUGGAUUGUCUAGGAACAGUCUCGAAUCUGAUGCUUCAUUUCACGGUGGGCCUCGAGCUCGAAUCACCGUCCGAUCGGCCGUAUUUAUCCACUUCCCUUCAAGAUUUCUGGGGCAAAAGGUGGAACCUUACGGUGACGAAGAAUCUGUGGCGCACUGUAUAUAGCCCCGUGAAGUCAGCGUCAGCGGCGGUGGUACAGGGGAACAAACUAUUGGCCUCACUCGCCGCCGUCACGGCGACUUUUCUGGUUUCCGGUCUGUUUCACGAGCUCCUCUUGUACUUCUUGACCGGCGGCGCGAAGCCCACUUGGGAAAUGACCUCUUUUUUUCUUCUUCAUGGGUUUUGUGUCGCUCUGGAAGUGGCAAUUAAGAAGAAAGCUUCAAAUGGUCGGUGGGAGACCGAGUUGCCCCUGUGGGUGUCGGGGCCGUUGACCAUUGGGUUUGUGAUGUUGACCAGUUUCUGGCUGUUCUUCCCGCCGUUGAUUAGGAGUGGUGCUGAUAAAAUGGUUCUUGAACAACUGAGAACUUUUGCAGAGUUCGCCGGAAUACAAUGCUAAUUAAUAAUCCUAAUUUUUUGAGGCCUCCGGAGGUGUGACAUUUGAGUUUUAGAUCAAUUUUUCAGCUAAUUCUUUGUAAUAACUUUAGUUUACUGUAUGUAUACUACUAUCUUUUGAACUGCAAUACAUCGAAGAGCUAGCUUAAAACACCAAGUGUAUUGUAGGUAGUUCAUAUGUGUACAGUUUAGCCCCAAUGGAGCACUCUUCUAAGUGUACAGUUUAAGGGUCUUUUAGGUGGUGGUUAUCUCGUAAAGUGGUUUGCAUAUUACUCCCGUGCUAAUUAUAUGUCAUAAAUUAAC